CCAGCACCGUAUGGCUGAUUCAGGCCGGCAGGGACGAUCUUAGAAAAAACAAGUUUGUGCGGGGCCAGGCAGGGCCCCUUCUGGGGCUGGUUCCGCUGCACCACCCGGGCAAGCCACCUUAAAUCGGGGCUGGCCGGGAAGCUGCGGCUGUUUCUCGGCUCUGGUACGUUGUGGAAGCAGAGUCUCAUCAAGUCCUGACGGCUAGGCAACGGGCGGGGGCCAGCGCCCGCCGCAGCCGCGGGGAGCGGGAGCGGGAGCCGGAGCCGGAGCCAGAGCAGCCGCGGGGAGCGGGAGCCGGAGCCGGAGCCGGAGCCAGAGCAGCCGCGGGGAGCGGGAGCGGGAGCGGGAGCCGGAGCAGCCGCGGGGAGCGGGAGCGGGAGCGGGAGCCGGAGCAGCCGCGGGGAGCCGGGCGGCCUGGUUCGCGAGCUGCCUCUCCCGGGGACCCAGAGGGCGCGCGGCUGCCCCCCGGGCUCCUUUCUGCUCCCCGCCGCGGAGGGGGCGUCGCAGCCGGGUGGCAUGUGAUUGACGAAGGCGGCUGGUUCGCAGGGGUCACCGCGCCGGGGAUUUGGAUACCGCCGGGGCAGCACCAAGCGGCCGCCGCAGGCGCCCGCGAUGGAGCCUGUCGCCAGCCGUUCCCGCGGCCCUGCCUGCUGGCUGCCCUGCCUGCUGCUCCUCGCCCUGCUCGGCUGGCCGGGGGCUGGGGCCCAGAAGUUCCAGCUGCUGCAGCCCCAGGGCGCUGUGUCAGUGUCAGCGGGAGAGACCCUCACACUGACCUGCUUUGUGACUGGCCCUGCUCCAGUAGGACCCGUGAAGUGGUUCAAGGGCUUGGGCAAGGACCGGCAGCUAGUUUAUGCAGAUUUGGGAUCAUUCCCCCGGGUGACGCGGGCUGUGAGUGGCUCUAACACAGACUUCACCAUCCACAUCAAUGGCACCCGCCCCAAGGACGCCGGGACCUAUCGCUGUGUGAAGGUUAAGAAGGCGUCGGGACCCGAUGAGGAGAUCGAAUCCGGUGCUGGCACGAACGUGACUGUGAGAGCCAGCCCCUCGGCCCCGUCCGUGUCCGGCCCCCCCAGCAGGGCAGAGCCGGAUCCCUCAGUGACUUUCACCUGCACGUCAGGAGGAUUCUCCCCCAGAGAUAUCACUGUGACCUGGCUCAAAAAUGGGGCCAAACUCCCAGCCCCCGAGCCCCGCAUUCUCCCUGAACACGAGAGCGUCUCCUACAACAUGUCCAGCACCGUGGGGGUGAGCCUGACCCCAGGAGAUGCCCACUCCCAGCUUACCUGUCAGAUAAAGCACAGCACCUUACUGGCUCCCCUGCAUGGGACUUACAACCUCAGCGAUGCCCUGCGAGUUCCACCCAGGCUGCGAGUGGGCACUGACCCAGCAGCGCCCGUCACACUGAACGAGUCCGUGACGUUCACCUGCCACGUGGAGGGGUUUUACCCGAAGGAUGCGAAUCUCACCUGGCUGGAGAACGGAAAUGAGACGCAUCUUGGAAAAUCCUCCCCCCUGGCCGAGAAUCCAGAUGGGACGUACACGCUCCAGAGCUCCCUGGAGGUCAAAGCAACUGAACAGAGGAAUCGGUCCAUGUUCACCUGUCGAGUUGUGCAUGAUUCCCAGCCUCCUGUCAGUGCCAGCGAGAUGCUGAGAAUCUCCCAGCCACCUCCUGAGCCAGGCAAAGAUGAUACUUUAUCUGAUGCAGGGGGUAACUUAUCUGAAGAAAAAAAGAUCUACAUAGCAGUAGCAGUGGUUUGUGCAGUGCUGGUUGUAUUGGUAAUUGCGGUCAUCUACCUCAUCAGAGUACGACAGCGCAAAGGAAAAAGCUCCCCUUCUGUAAGGCUACAGGAGCCCAAGAAGAGCCCCAGCACAGCUCUCCAGGAUUCUGAUCCCAAAAACCUGACCUAUGCAGAUCUGAACUUUGACAAGCAGAAGAAGAAGAGCAUGCACCGGUUCGUGGAGAUGAGCCCGCAGUCGGAGUACGCCUGCAUCCAGACUGGCCAGCCGGCAGUCGCUGAAGACACUCUCACCUACGCUGACCUGGACAUGGUCCACCUCAGCAAAGCACCCAAGAGACCUGCCCCCCGGCCCGAGGAAGCCAUCUCGGAGUACGCCAGCGUCCAAAUCCAAAAGAAAUGAUCAGGGCUAAAAGCAGUCCAGGGCUCACUGGGGUUUUGGUGAAGUCUGGCAGGCCCCUACCUGGACAUGGAGCCCUGGUCCUCCAACACUGGAUCUCAAUGGAGGCACCAGGAUCCCAGUGGAAGUGGGUGCCAAGCUACGGUAGCUGCAUUCCUGGGUCCUGGAAUGCUUCACACAGCGUACGGAAGCCUCCCCAUGCUACUAUGUCCUCACUUGAGUUAAUACCAACUUGCACAACAGACCUGGAGAGGCCAGACUGAACUAAGAUCCUCACACAGUACAGCUUUAUUUCUGGACCAGUAUCUCUGCUAUUCCUUUCCCCCCCCCCCCGGUGAUUUGUCACAAGACUGGAGAGGUCCUUCGCUUGGUGCACUGAGUUUCCUUUCGCAUGUGUUAGGCAGACAGACUGUUUUCAGUGCUUUGCUGAUGCAGUGGCCUACUCCAUCUUGUAACCUCUCCAGACAAGGGCUGUGUCAGUCUAGUGAACACCUGAGUUUCUCUACAACCAAUUUAGUACAUUGUGUGCAUGGAAGAACCAGCCAAGCUGAUGCAGAUCAGCCACCUGAAGGAGAGGAGACUGUUUUGGGAGAUAACGUAGUAGCAGAGAGCUGUCUGGCAGCAGGCUCUGGACUGCUGUUCUCAAGGCAACAUAGGCUAGCUAGCUUGCCUGUUGGAGUCCCUCUGUGAAGAGCAGACACUGUUUGUUUGAUCCAGAGUGACUACUCCCUCUUCCUCUCAGACUUCCUCCCUCCUCCUGCUCCAGAACCCGUGUCCGAACAAGACUGCUCAUUUUUAGGCUCAGAUUUCCCUCCAAACUAAGUGUGUCGUAAGUAAUUCCUUAAGUUUCCACCUGAGGUUCCCCCUUCCCAAUCAUCCCAUCCUUGGGGCAGCAUGUUAAGAUCAGUGACCCACUCGUGCCCUUGAGGGUUGAGCGCCAGGCUCUGCAAUCAGAUCAAAGUGAGGAUGUUUCUCAGCCCCAGAGCACCUCGGGAUGGGGAACGCAGCCUGCGGAGCUCCCUGGGCAGAGCGGAGAUUCUUGAUCUGACCCAGGAGCCAUGCACAAGCUACAUUAGUCAUGAGCUACUAGGUACCACCGCUCCCAGGCCUGUAUUCUCCUGGUACAGAGCGUCCUCAUUGCCAACCACAGAGCUUAUCCUCAUGAGAUUGGAACUAACAGGCUUCCUACAGAAGCUUGUGCUAGCCGGGGUGGGGGAAGAGGCUAGCCAACCUCUACUGCCAGAGCAUAAGCUAAUUCCCGGGCUAUGCUGCCUUUCAGCACUUCCUGCUGGCCAGUUCAUCCAGCACGCCCGGCCUCGGUGCCUGGAAGGAAGAAGAAAGCCUUCAUGUAUAGGUGGAGGGCAUCCCCCGGAGAACAUCGUCACCAUGACUGUUUGACAUGUAACUGUUCAUCUUUAGAGUUAAAAGCCAAUGCUUGUGUGUCGUCCAUGGGUGGAGUGCUGUGUGUUCAUUACUAGGAUGAGACGUGCAAAACUAAGUGUCAGAGUCAGCGUGAUAAUCCCAACCCUGUCAAGUGAAGUUCUGGUAAGGAAGUAACCCUCCAUCAGCGCUGGGGGGAGGGAUGCGGAUUUCUGACUUCUUGGCCUUCCCCACUGCCAGGCAGACUUACUGGCCUAGCGAAGAAAAGUGACAAACAAAGCUGAAAUGCAACCGCAAGUGACAUUUCAAAAGCAGCCGUCUUCCUGCUUUUCUACAUGGGAGGUUGCAGAUAAUGCACCAUUUCAAUUUUCACCUUAUCCCUAGGAUUCAGGUUUCAGAAUUUCCAGGGCCAGGAAGAGCUGGGCUAGGCAGCUGGUGCUCCAGGCAGUGGAUUAUACCUGUUUACACCUGGCCUGAAUGUGGCCCCCUUGCCCAGUUAUUGUGAUGGCCGAAAGCCCUUUCACUGCCCUCCUUUCCUCAGCAGUAUUAAAGAGAAAAGGUGGGACUUGUGGUACCAUUCCUUUGAAGGAGGGCAGAAGAGGGAGAAAUAAUCUAGCACUAAGACAUGUUGGAAACUAGAUUGUAUUCUAGCUGUUUGAUCCUGCAGGAAGCAGGGGGGGAGGAAGGGGAAGCCAGGAGAUCUAGAUAGGAUGUUUCAAAACCAACUAAAUGACCGCUUGUACAGAUUGCUACAUUUUUUUUUUGCGCUUGCAGGAUAUUUUUGUAAUAAAAAGUUCAAAGUUC